UGUUAGAAUUUCAUCAAGGUUCACAAUCCAAGUUGGCCAUGGGUGAAAUUCAGGAUCAACUCUUUAUCCUUGUAGGGGCACUGGCGUGUCUGAACUAUUUGCUGAAGUGUGUGAAGUUCUGCAAAUAUUUUCUCCUGCGUUUAUGGAAUCCAUUGCCAAAGUCUUUUUUUCGAUCGAUGGGAGAAUGGGCAGUGAUCACAGGUGCUGGAGAUGGAAUUGGGAAAGCAUACUCUUAUGAGCUAGCAAAACGUGGACUAAAUAUUGUGAUGAUCAGCAGGACACUUGAAAAACUCCAGGCAGUUGCAAAAGGGAUUGAGGAGACAACAGGUAGUCAUGUAAAGAUCAUACAAGCAGACUUUACCAAAGAUGACAUAUAUGAGAACAUCAAAGAGAACCUUCAAGGAUUAGAAAUUGGAAUUUUAGUCAACAACGUUGGAAUGCUCCAUAACUAUAUUCCAUUCCAUUUCCUCAGUGCACCAGAGGAAGUACAGAACCUGAUCCACUGUAACAUCUCUUCUGUAGUCAAGAUGACUCGGUUGAUUCUGAGAGACAUGGAAAUAAGGCGGAAAGGACUGGUUCUGAAUAUCUCCUCAGGGGCAGGUCGUUUCCCUUGGCCAUUAUAUAGCAUUUACUCAUCUACAAAAGCCUUUGUAUGCACAUUUUCCAAAGCACUACAAGUUGAGUAUAAGGAGAAAGGAAUCGUUAUACAGGUGGUGACACCUUACUUUAUUUCUACCCAAAUGACAAAGCACAUCAACCCCAACAUAGUAAUGAAGACAGCAGAUGAGUUUGUUAAGGAAUCUUUGGAUUCUGUUGCAGUUGGAGCUGAAACUUGUGGUUGCCUGGCUCAUGAAAUCUUGGCACAUCUCAUAGAUUUGGUUCCUUCCUGGAUACUCUACAGCGAUGCAUUUCAGAACUUCAUUUUGACCCAUUACGCGUAUGAUCAAAACAAAAUCCCAGAAUCCAAGAAGUAAUCUUUGGGGAGGAAGAAGUCAGUGGAUAUAUCUAGCAACAUUACUCGUGGUAGUACUUGUAUUUGCCUGAAGAGCUCUAGAAACUGUAGUUCUCACUUUACUAACCUGAAGUUGCAGCUACUAGGCAUUGUAGAUGUUUAAAAUAUUAAAUAGUUUUGCUUCUCUUCA